AUGCAAAUAUCAAAUUCGUUGGAUCUUAUAGGCGCAGUAUUUGAGCGACAACCUGCAUCUUCGAGCUUCCAGCCCCCACCUUUCUCUCCCACCUCUAAAACUGGCUUUCCUGUCGCGCAACAUCGAUCUAACGGAAAAGGCAGGGGUAAGAGCGCAUUUGCGAGGAACAGAGGGCUGUUAACAACGGAAGCGAUUAGUCGUGAUGCGCCAGUUCCACAAGUGAUUUCUCAGAGAAUGUCAAGGUCUCCACAAUCUGAAGAGGGAUGGCGUACUCAUAUGAGUCGAGAGAAUGAAGAAAAGGUCGCAAGUAUGACCGAAGAGCAGAGGCAGAGCGAGAUUGGAGAAAUUCUAGAGAGGUUUGGUGCUGGUGUUGGAGAUAUCUUGAAGAGAGCACGAGAGGCCAGAGGGCGAAAUGAGAAAUCCGGAAUCGCCUUAGAUCCAGUGCCCAUUGAAGCGUCUGAACCCACAUCACCCGUUCGCAAUGGAACACCUCUUCCUCCGUCCUUGUCUACAAGUAGCACCCGUCCUAAUAGUCCGACUCGCGGCUCACGUAAACUACGAUUUGCAGAGCUUGUCCCAGAAAACGUACACGUCUAUGAAUCGGCGCCACCAUCCCCACGCAAAAAGUCAUUUCUGGCCUUACCACCGCCACCUCCACCAAACUCUAAUGAGGCUUCGGGUCUUAUUUCAUUGGGAACCUUCGACAACUGGACAGUCCAAAAAAAGCAACCAAAAGCAGGAUUCAGCUCCCACCCCAUUGGGAACGAUGUCUUUGGAACCGGAUCCACAGGAUCAAGCACCCCCAGGGAACCAGUCCCCCAGCUCCCCGAUACUACAGGAAAAACAGAAACGGAACCUGACGAAGGGACACCAGAAUAUAUUCGAAGACGAUACUUCCCAUCUGCGCCAGCCGAUAACCCUGACAUCGCCUGGAUGACCUCACCUUCCGCGAGCACGACGAGGCAAACAAGGUUUGACCUCACAGGUACCCCAAUUCCACAAUCAAAAGUGCUAUCUCUUCCAACAUACUUAGGGCUUCAUCAUCACGCAGAAGGUCAAAGCGCCGGAUACACCUUGGAUGAUGUAUUCCUGAUAAGUAGAUCCAAAGUGCCCGCUCAGAGAGCCGCCAUGCUCGUCGUGUUGAAAGGACUUAUCAACUGGUGGCGGAAGAGUUCGAAUGGUGAUCUCUCUCAGAGCGAGGAAACUAGAUCCAUCGUUGAAGAACUUCAGAUGUCUAAGCCACCGCUGGUGAAACGUAUCAUGUUUGCCGGCCUGGAAGCACUAUCAGAACGUGGCAUUGUUGGCGUUCGCGCUGUGGAGAUAGUCUGGGAAUGUAUAGUGGGCUGGGACCCUAUACCAAAUGGAAUGGACGGAGAAGAAUACUACGAGUGGGGAGGCGUUGAACUCGGAACUUCUGACAUAAUGGACUCCCUUCCUUCCGAGGUUGUACUACCGCAACUCUGCGACAUCUUCAUGACACCUCCCGACAGCACAGCUAUUGGCGACUGCCGUAUGACGCCAGUACAACAUCUCGUCACAUCGAUUCUUCAUAAACUGGCUUUCCACUCGAACAAAUUUGCUGACGAGAUUACUGCUCUCCCUAAGUUGAUACGCACUAUCAUCCAAACCUCUAUAGGCCAUGACACAUCUUCGGACCAUGCGUCACUACCAGAUAUUUCCACGUUGAGGUUUCUUACAACCCUAGCUCUAUCUUCUCGAUCAAACGCCCAGUCCCUCUGCGCGUCUGCAGAUCUUUACCUCCGUGUAGUGGCCACCCUCAAACCGAGACCGGAGACAAAGGAGGCCACAGGUACCAUUGAGGUAUACAACGGAGUGUUACGCCUCUAUACUGCGCUCGCUCGAUAUGGGCUGUAUUCACAUAUAGCGACGGACGGCCGUGAGCUGUGGCUUCAAGUCAGCUCGUACAUCGAGACGAUGCUAUCUCAGCCUUUACCGACGAUAAGUCAUCUGAAGUUAGUUUCUGCAUGGGCUGGCCUGCUAGAGUCCUGGACAAUCUGCGCAACAGAUCCUCAUCGCACAAAUCCGACUCACGAUCUACUUUGGAGCCAGGUAGUUGGCUGGGAAUGGGGGAAAGAGAUCUUGUAUCUACUUGAAACAACAGUGGUACUUUCUUGCGACAUUUCUGAAUCCACCUGUUUUUGGCGUACGAGAGCAGCUAUUCUCAGAGCACUAGCAGCCUGGCUUGAAGGCUCGAAGGUCAACAGCGUAAAAGGCGGGGAGGAGGAGAGGCUGUCUGCAAUGGUAGCUCUCAGGAAGACCUUCAAACCAGGCGGAUUAGAUGGUGAAAGAAUUUCUGCCGUUGUGGAAAAGAUGAAAUCCUGCUACAGGGUAGAGGUCUCAAUGUUGAACCACGGCCGCAUAGGGGAUUAUGCUUACGAGUUGAUGUCAGUUAUUCGUGCUUGGCUCGCGUGUUGCCCAUCGUCCAUGCAGGAGCCAUUAACCUCUCCUCCCUUUGAACUUCCCUUUGCCCAGAUCUCGGAGUUAUGUGCAGUCUUAGUAGCGCGCAGUCAUUUAAAUCAACCGACUGGGACUUACGAUUAUAGAGAGACUGCAUUUCUGCGUCUCUGCAAGCGGCCCUUGACUUCACUACUCUCGUGCUAUCUUCGCCUGUCCCGUUUCCUCCCUGGUGUUCCUGAAGACCUUUGGUUAGCACAGGCCUUUUCCAUCAUUUUGACAUUGCAGCCUGGAGACGAAGAUUACGGCCUGGGUAUCAUUGAUCAGAUACUUACAUUGAUUACAUCCGAGUGGACAAGCUCAAGGGGAUUAAUCAUACCGCAGGCGAUCUGGGAAAAGGGUGGAUUCGAGGUUGUGCGGCCUUUCUUGCGUUUUGAAAUUGAACCCAGUAGCGAAAGACGUAUUGGCCCCCUCUGUAUCACUCCGUAUUCAUUAUCUCUCGCCACAACGCAAAGGCUUCCUGCUAUCUCAACCUCAUCAAAGACUGUAUGGUCACCGUCCGGUCUUCCGUUGAGGAGAGAUUGGACUGUUUCCCCGCUAGACCACGUCUUGCAUUCUGGUAGUCCUUCCUCGCUGUUCUCCACUAAGAUCCUCCCAUCGACGUUCGAUGCUUCAGAAAUAGAAAUUGUGCAGGCGGCGUUGUUACUCACGAAUCUUCGAAAAGAGGUCAUCCUCAGGUUUGCCAACGUUCUUUCAAAUGAUGUGCUGACGCGCGAAGAGGCUGUCUUCACUUGUAUGAAGGUUUUCAUGCUAGAACACGAGCAAGACCAAAGCAAGGCGAAUCCGGAAGUUUUCCGUGAUAGCACGGUUGCGAGAUACAUGGAGGAACUACUAGCGACUUACACGCAUCCCCAAUAUGCUACCAGCUUUCAUUCACAAUCCAGCCUUGAACAGGUCGCCGUCGGCUUUUUAGGCUCUUCAAAUCCAUUCUAUCAAUAUUACACCGAUUUUGUCGCUCUGUAUGACUCAACCUCCUUUUCUCAUCCCCUUUUUGCCCGACUGCUUCUCCCGCCAACGUCGAUGCACUAUCCUAUCGAUUACCGAAAACAUCUCUGGAAUGAUUUCGGUCACGUCAUUCGAACAAUUCGCACACCGAUCGAACAAGUGAUAACAGCAGAUCUCAAAGAAUACCUUUGGCCUGUUGAAGAGGAUCCUCAGAUGAUCAGCGCUUACCUUCGUGUCCUUGUCAAAUAUGGCCCCUCUCUUGAAGGCUUUGUCCGUCUAAUGGCCAUCCACCAUAUCGCGUGCAAUAUCUGGCAUGAUUUGCUGCAUGGCAGAGAUGCAAACGAUGAACGUGCCAGUAGAUUACUGAUGGCUGUCGUCGGUCAAUGCUCGCCGGUUAUUGUGAGGGAAGUGAUCAGGUACAGGCAGGAGAAAGAUGGCAACCUUUGGGUACCUCCGACUUGCUUCGAUAUGUUAGCUGAGGACAAGGGCUAUCGACUAAAAUGUAUAGAAAGAUGGGCUGGUUCUCGCCUUUUACAGGAUAUUAAAGGACUAUUUGACAUUGACGAUUAG